AGUGCUGCUGCAAUAUUUCAAAUAUUCAUUGUACAUACACAUUUUAUUGUAGUCUUUCAUUCAACGAAAUGAAGGUACUAGUGCUUGCUGUGAUAUUGCUUUUCAAUCAAGAGUCAAUUAGUGGUAUGCAAUAUGCAAAUGAAACCGUAGUCGGAGCUUAUCAUAUUUUUACUACAAGGGUUAACUGGAUGGACGCCAUUAAACGAUGCCACUCAAGGAAUAUGACAUUGAUUAGCAUUUUAACAGAACGUCAAAAUAACAAAAUCAUAGAAGCAAUUAAAAAAGCCGGCCAAGGAGAAGUGGGUUUUUGGACUUCAGGUAAUAGAAGAAACAGAAAUGGAACUUUUCAUUGGGAAAAUGGAGAAGCAUUCGGUUACACCAAUUGGGAGCAUGGAACGCCCGAUAAUCUUGGUCUGGGGGAGGAAUGUGUGGAGAUCAAAGGUUACAACAUAUUAAAGUGGAAUGAUCAUUAUUGCACCUAUAAUCUAUAUUAUAUAUGCGAAAUCAAUAUCAAAGAAAGUUCAAUACUCACUAACGUGUUCCUUUACUUAAUAUUACCAUGCGCUCUUCUUGCUGUGGGUUACAUUAUAUUUAAAAGUAUUCGUGGAAAUUCGAAUCUAAAAUUCGAAAGACCUUCUUUCAUAAAUGUCAUUUUUCAAUAUAAAAUUUUCCGAAGUUUGGACAUAUUUUGAAAGUAGACGUACACGGAAAUCGCAAUUUAAAUAAAGCUCUAUUCUGUAUCUUUUUUAAUCGUUCAAUUUCUUCAUUAUUCAAUUAUCAUAAAACAAAAAAAAACGAAUCGUAAAAGGCAAGCUUAAUAUCUAUAAUAAUGUAUUUAAAUGGAGCGAAUAUUUUGUCAAAAUCAACGUUAUAUUGUAUGUUAGCGCCAUCUUUGUGUUCGAAUGAAAAAUUAGUGAAAAAUACAAAUAUAUGGAGAAAAAGACAAAGAGAGUUGAAAUGCAUCGGUCUUGCAGUCCGAUUCUUGAGCUUGUUACGGUUUUGAAUGUUACGUACACUAUGUGUCGCCACAAGCCAACUUUUUAAAAAAAGAAACACAUCACGUUCAUUUCUUUAAAAUUGACAA